AUGGUGGUCUCGCUGUGUGCGACCCGGGCAGCCGCCAUCCCAGUCCAGUCUGGGACAAUUCCAGUUGAGAGGUACUGGGCUUGCCUGUUGACCUAUCUCCCCACAUCGUCCCAGUACAUUUCUUACAAGUGGUACUCAGUGUUAGCUGGUUUGGCCUUUGUGAAGUACAAUUACCAUCACUUUGCAGGUAAAGCGCUGUCAGGGAUAGCGGAGAGAGACGUAGACGUGCAGAGCAAAAUUGAGACAGCGACGAUGCUUGCCCGAGUCCUGCACAGUGCUGAGGAGAGCCGGUGCAAGCAUUUGAACGCUCUGUUCGAUCCUUUCCGGGACGAUGAGCAUUGCUGA